AAAAUUAACAGUCAAAGUUGAACAUGGUGUAUCAACAAAAAACAUUCCGUUAAAAUUCGGAGACAAUUUGAAAACCAAUGUUUCUCUAUCCCCGCCUCAGAGCUCUUCUCCAUUCCCAAACCCCAAAAUGCUACCUUCUCCACUCUCUCAAUUCCUUCUCCACAACCUCAGAUUCAACUCCACAAUCCUUCACCAUAUCCUACCUCACCAACACUUGCGGUUUAUCUCCACAAGACGCUCUCAAAGCAUCAAAACGCAUCCAUUUCACCACCCCCGAAAAACCCGAUUCCGUCAUCACCUUCUUCAAAACUCACGGUUUCUCCAUUCCCCACAUUCAAACCAUCAUCCUCAAGGAUCCUGAGCUUCUAGUCUCAAACCCCAUCAAAUCCCUUUUGCCAAAGUUCCAAUUUUUAUCCUCCAAAGGCGUUUCCCCCUCUGACAUAGUCGCUACCGUCAUCAGAAGCCCUCGUUUCCUUCGUGUAAGCCUUGAGAAACACAUUAUCCCUGCUUUUGAAUUGGUAAGAAGCUUCUGUCCCUCUGAUCAGAAAGCUAUUGAUUCAAUCAUUGUUUGUCCCACUUCAAUCAGUGACGGUCGCAUGAAACCAAAUGUUCAAUUUUUAAUUGAUUUUGGGGUAACCCCUUCUUGUAUUUACCAUUUCCUUAGGACUAGACCUUCUAUUAUAUGUUCUAAUGAUUUGAGAAAAGCUGUGGAAGAAAUUAAGGAAUUAGGGUUUGACCCUGCUAAAGUCAGUUUUGGUGUGGCAUUAUUGGCCAAAAGGGCUAUCACUAAAUCCCAAUGGGAUGCCAAAGUUGAUGUCUUGAAGAAAUGGGGUUGCUCUGAAGAUGCAAUUUUUAGUGCAUUUAAGAGGCAACCCAACUUUAUGCUUAGGUCGCCGGAGAAACUCAAUGCGGUUAUGAGUUUGUGGGUCGAGGAGUUCGGUUGGAAUCCUUCUAUGCUGUUGGCUGCACCGACGCUUUUUGGUUAUAGUAUAGAGAAAAGGCUUACUCCACGGGCUUUGAUUGUUAAGUAUCUUCUAUCCAAAGGUUUGAUAAAUGAGGGUGCUUGUUUAGCUACACCAUUUAAUAUGACUGAUGAGCAUUUCCAGCGAAGGUAUGUGAAACGUUUUAAGGAAACAUCUAUGCUGUUAAAGAUAAAUUAGGUUUUCUAGUUACAGUAUUGACAUGUAGAUCACAGGUCAAAUUCUAGAAAAUGGUUCUCUGGUUGGAGGAAUUGAGUUUGAUUGUAUUUUUGAAAUUUGCUUAUUUAGAACUUGGAACCUGUUUGGGUUUAAGUCACAAUCUGCCCUUAUAUCAUUAGUUUUAUAUUUUAUAAAUAAUUGAUCCAAGAUGACUAUUGGUUUUGCGUUUUAAAAACGUGUAUGGAUUCAUGUAAACAUGUUCUUAAGGAAACUUAAGCGAUUCGAUGCUUAUCCAUCCUUUUAAUUAUUCGCUUUCAACAUUUGUUGUAUACAGUUUUUUGUGUUCAUUUAUUGUUUCUCAUAAACCUUAUCUCAAGUUACUGAUUAUGUUGUUAUGAAUUUGAAGAAAGUUUAUUUUUUGUACCUGGCAACUGGUUUGUCUCUUAUAUGGAAGAACAGGAUAACACAACAUGUGUUUUAAAUAAUAACUAUCUGUUGCUGUAAAUUACAUGGGUUGAACAUACACGCACACAUAUACUUUCCAAUAUUAGGUUUCUAUAUGGUACUGAAUGCCGGGCAAUGGAGAGCCAACAAGAAAUUAAACUCAGAAUCUCGAAAGUAAGAAUGUUGGGAUAGAUGAGUUGUUGCAUAGAACAAGAUAGGAUUAGAAAUAUGAUUAUAAUUAUUAGUCAUAAAAUUGAGGUAGCUCUCAUUGUAGAAAAGAUGGUAGACUGUUGUGUUUGGUGAUUUGGUUUUGUGGGGAGAAAACAUGUGGAAGCACUGUGAAAGAGAUUAACGAAAUUUAGGAUUGUUUAUUACUUAGAUGUAAUGAGGAUGUCUUUCUUUGUUCAUGAGGAAUCUGUUGUUGAUGAAUUUCUUUCGGUCAUUCGAGGUUAUAUUUUUUUUUCUUGGACGAAGAUAAGUGGAUUUGGAAAUUCUCGGUGUCCUCCGCUUACCAUUCUCUUUUGACUUCUAAUUAUUUAAAUCUUUCGUCCUCCUCAAUAGGUUUCCCUCUAGAGAGAAUUUAUUUAAGAGAAAGGUGAUUAUUGACCCUGCUCUUAUCGCUUGUCCUAUUUGUGGUGAUUUGGUCGAGUCGGCUUCUCACUUUUUUAUUACUUGCGAC